AUGUAAUAACACAGGGUCAUGUAGAAUAAUAACUGAAGAUAUUCAAUAUUGGGGAUCAACAUUUAUUUGUAUAGUGAAUGUUUCUUUUUAUAAGUUUAUGAUUAUUUAAUUCACCUAUUAACUGUAUAUAGAAUACGACCAUUAUGAGUGUCAAACUAUUCACCAUUUUAAGUUUUAUAAUUGUGUGUAUAAUUUGCCUGUGUAUUGGGAGUGUUUUAUCGUAUAAUAUUGACACGGAUCAAGCCAGAAUAUUUAGUGGACCAAAAACAAGCUAUUUUGGAUAUACAACAGUCCUAACAAGAAACCAAGAUGGUAUAAGAUUGUUAGUAGGGGCGCCAAAUGAUGAUACCGGAAGUGGUGUUAAUAGAACAGGUAGUGUGUAUAUAUGUGAUACAAGUGACGAGGGGGAAUGUUCAAGAUUUUAUAAUCCCGGUACUGGGAGGACAUAUUCAAUCCAUCCACCCGUAUAUCCUAUAACAAUGGAAGGAUUUGGAAGUUGCGUGAAUCAGAUAUCCAAUUCCAAAAUUUUGAUGUGUGCACCAAGAUGGAAGGACGUAAGGUUUAAACAACAGGCCUUUGUUACGGGUCGAUGUAUUAUUACCAAUACAGACCUUAGAUCCGAAGUCAACAGCUCUUUACCAGUGGAAAAUGAAUCGAAAUAUGCGGAUACGAAGCUUGGAUUCGUACAGGGUAUGGCUGAAUCCGGAUUUUCAUGUGACUCGUUAGAGUUCCAGUCAGAAACAUAUGUACUCGGUGCUCCAGGUCUGAACUCCUGGAGAGGUGGAUUUGCUGUAAUAAAGGGAGGUAACUACGAAGAUUCAAUAGUAGAUAUUCCAAGACAAAAACAAAAGAUGAACGAUAAUCUAGGUUAUGCUGUUGUGGGAGGCCGUUUUUGUUCUAACAAAAGGAUAUGUUUUGCUGCUGGGGCACCAAGAUUUAAUCAUACAGGUCGAGUUAUGUUGUUUGAAAGAAUUGCUGGGAACCAAGUCAUUCAGUUAUUGGAGCUUAGUUGUCCAGAUAAAGAUUCCAUGGGGUCUUAUUUCGGGUCUGUUCUGUGUUCAGCUGAUGUUAAUGGUGAUGGUUGGGAUGAUUUACUUGUUGGUGCUCCGUUUUAUACCAAAGUUGACCCGGACUUGGAAGAAUCAAGUUUCCCAAAGGACGAAGGACGUGUUUGGAUUUUCAUUAGCCAAAAGAAAGAGCUUCAAGACAAAACUUAUUUCCAAAAUAUGCCUAUCAUGCUAUCCGGGUCCAAUACAGCCUUUUCCAGAUUCGGAUCUUCAAUAAGUAAUCUUGGUGAUGUGAAUGGUGAUGGUAUCGAUGAUAUUGCUGUGGGAGCAAAGGACGAAAACGGAGUCGGAGCUGUAUAUAUUUAUCACGGUUCUGCAGAUGGACAAAUAGUUGAAUACUCUCAACGUAUCACAGGUGAAAUGGUGUCUGAAAAUAUAACUGGAUUUGGAUCCCAUAUAUCUAAACCAUUAGACGUGGACGACAACGGUUAUCCAGAUAUGGCUAUUGGCUGUACCAAUUCUGACAAGGCAGUUCUGUUAAGAUCUCGACCAAUCAUUGACCUGGUGGCAGAUUUAAACUUUGACUCCGAACUGAUAAAUCUCAAUAGAACAAAUUGUCCGGCUAAAGCUGACGCUGAAAGCUGUAUAGGUCUUACAUUGUGUUUUAAUUAUUCUCAGAUAUCGGCCCCGGAACAGAUAGAGAUGGAUUUUAAUAUAAGUGUGGAUAUUUUAAAAAGAUCCAGUCUAAGAAGAGUUAAAAUACAUACUGAAGAUGAUUGGUUAAAUCAGAUAUCGGAAAAAUUACUAGUCGAACGUGGUAAAAACAACUGCAAAGGAUUUGAUUUAAUAACUCUUACGGAAGAACGACUACAAGAUCCCUUCACUGCCGUAAGAGUUGAAGCUCGAUUUAAAUUAAAUGAAUCUAGUUUUGAUCCUGGUGAUAUAAAACCAAUCAUCAACCAAACACGGCCCAAUGUUUUAACCAAAGAUACAAGAUUUCAACUUAGUUGUGGCGAGGAUAAUAUAUGCGAAGCAGAUUUGGGUAUCAAAGGAGAAUUUUCCUUUUCCGAAGGGGAAGUAUUUAUAACUAUCAACCAAACAGAAAUUAUCAAUCUCGAUGUCCGUUUAGUAAAUUAUGGAGAAAAUUCUUUUGGAAGUAAAGUGAAAUUCUACUGGAACGAAAACUUGUCUUACAGAACAGUUAAGUCAUCUCCAAGAUGGCCGAUAGGAUGCAACGGUGAAUCUGAGGAAGAUCAGAAUUACAAACUGACAUGUACUGUUUUUCCUCCAAUCAACAGAAACCAGGCUGUUAACUUCUCUGUGCUCCUGGAGGGAGAUGCAUUGUCAUUGAAUAAUGCAAAAGUUAACGUUUCUAUUCAAGCCCAAACAGCCAGUGCAGAAAACAACAUGGCAAAUAACGUAGCUAAUUUCUCAUCGGAUGUUUGGAUAGUGGCCUCCCCUGACAUAAGUGGGAAAUCCUACCCACCGGAGUUAUCUGUCAACACGGAAGAAGAUCUCAGCUUAAAAAAUCUAACAAUCAUCCAUAAAUAUUUGAUGAUAAAUAAUGGGCCUAGUUUUCUUCCAUCAACUAAUGUAACAAUCCAGUUACCUUAUCGGUACCAAACAGGUGAACAACUUGUAGAAUCCGCCAUAGCUAAAAUUAAAACUGAAAGUGGGGAAGAAGUGUAUUGUAGUUUAUCAUAUAAAUCAUCUCAGGGUGGUAACACACGACCCUCCACGACAACUAGCACAAUGACUACCACGACGACCGCUGGUACAAGCGUUCAAGCCGACAUAGUCACCACUCAAACAACCACCGAAUCCACAACUGUAACAACAACGACCGCUGGCAAAAAUCACAAUAUUCCAGAUGUAGCUCCUAGUCGUAGACGGCGACAAACGUCCGAUAAAAAGAAAGAUAUGGAAGACAAUGCACACCAUUUGGAUUGUAACAAUUAUUUUUGUGAUGAUAUGUUAUGUAAGCUCCCUGGAUCACUUCAACCUAGAGAAAGCAUCAUCGUUAAUCUAACUAUUGUCAUGAAUAUUAAAGAUCUCCCCUUCAAGGUAAUCUAA